AUGUAUUUUGGAUUUGGAUAAUAUCAAUUAUUUAAAAUUGAUGAUUGNUUAAAAACUAAUUAAGGGAAUCAAUAAUUGAUAAAUGAUUUCAAGAUAAAGGAAGAAGAAUAGACAAAAUUAAUUUCAGAUCUAAGGAAUCAAAAUGAAAGAUUGAUAAUUGAAUUGAAAGAAGUUGAGUAAUAAAGUAACAAUUAUUCUAUUUCCAUUAGAGGUUGAAUCUGAAAUUAAGCUACAACAGAAACAAUAAGAGCUAGAAAAGUGCUAAGAAUCGAAUGAGAAGAACGAGGAAAUAUUGAAAUAGUUAUAAUAACAAAAUAUAGUAUAGGUAAAGAAUACGAGUAAUUAGGAAUGGGAAUUUUCACAAUCAUUGACAUUUUCAACAACUUAUAAACAUAAAAAUCUUUAAGUAACUUAAAAUGGAAAGUUUAUUGAAAAUGCUUAAAUUGGUUGGUGUUGCGCAAUAUGUGAUUAAAUGAUACCUAAGAAUGGAGUUGUCUAAUUUGCAAUCAAAAUAAUUGAAAAAGGAAGAAUAAUGAUAGGAAUUGGCUUUAGAGAUAAUGUGUAGAGUAAGGAGUAUUAUGAUUGUUAUUCUAUUGGAGGAGGGUAUUUAUAUUUCUAUUAUUAAUUUAAAUUAGAACAUAUAAUAUAUGGGAUGAGGGGUAUUGUUAUAAUCACGAUUAACAAGAUAAAACGGAGGAGGUAGCAUUUCCAUACUCAAUAAAUGAUAUUAUAAUAGUGGAAGUGGAUAUAAAUAAUAAAUAUAUAACUUGGAAAAAGUCAUCCACGAAUUUAUCAUUCGUAUUAAUUUUAAUUUUUAUUAUUAGGCUAUGACAAUUGACACGUCAAAAGAUUUAUAUCCUUGUGUACAUCUGAGUGGUCAAUCUAAAGUUGAAAUAUUAAAUUAAUUGCCAUAAUGACGGC